UUGGAUUCGUUGAAAUGGACAUUCCUCAAACCUGGCCUGAAGAUGUUGGUGAAUACAAGUGUGUUGCUGUAAACAAGUAUGGCAGGGAUGAAACAACAGGUGGCCUAGCAUUGAUGCCUAGUCCUGGAACUGGAGAACCACCCAAGUUCACGACGCAACUCAACGACCUGUUGUACCAGAAAACACACCAGCACACUUGGAUGCCAAACUGAUACCAAUUAACGAUCCAACCAUGGUUGUUACAUGGUUCUUCAACGAGAAACCUCUUCCAACUGGUACGAAAUACAGAACAAACCAUGACUUUGGAUUCGUUGAAAUGGACAUUCCUCAAACCUGGCCUGAAGAUGUUGGUGAAUACAAGUGUGUUGCUGUAAACAAGUAUGGCAGGGAUGAAACAACAGGUGGCCUAGCAUUGAUGCCUAGUCCUGGAACUGGAGAACCACCCAAGUUCACGACGCAACUCCAACGACCUGUUGUACCAGAAAACACACCAGCACACUUGGAUGCCAAACUGAUACCAAUUAACGAUCCAACCAUGGUUGUUACAUGGUUCUUCAACGAGAAACCUCUUCCAACUGGUACGAAAUACAGAACCAACUAUGACUUUGGACUCGUUGAAAUGGACAUUCCUCAAACCUGGCCUGAAGAUGUUGGUGAAUACAAGUGUGUUGCUGUAAACAAGUAUGGCAGGGAUGAAACAACAGGUGGCCUAGCAGUGAUGCCUAGUCCUGCAACUGGAGUACCACCCAAGUUCACGACUCAACUCCCACGACCUGUUGUACAAGAAAACACACCAGCACACUUGGAGGCUAAACUGAUACCAAUUAACGAUCCAACCAUGGUUGUUACAUGGUUCUUCAAGGGACAACCUCUUCCGACUGGUACGAAAUACAGAACCAACUAUGACUUUGCACUCGUUGAGCUUGAUGUUGUCCCCGCAUGGGGCGAGGAUGAGGGUGACUACACAUGUGUGGCCGUCAACCAAUGGGGUCGCGAUGAAACCACUGGAGGCCUGAGUGUCCAACCUGCACCAGUGGGCGAACCACCCAAAUUCAUCACACAACUACCAACACCAACUGUGAAGGAAGGCGAGAUUGCCCACCUUGAGGCCAAGCUCAUACCACUUGGUGAUCCAGACAUGGUCGUGACAUGGUACAUUAACGACCAGCCACUCACUGCCGGAACCAAGUACCGCACCGACUACGAGUUUGGCAAUGUCAUACUCGACAUUGUGCCGGCGUGGUCCGAGGACAUCGCCCAGUACAAGUGCGUCGCGGUGAACAAGUACGGCACCGACCAGACGGUGGGAAGCCUCAACGUGGUGGCGGCGGUCGACAAGGGCAUGCCGCCCGUGUGGAUCGUACCAUUCAAGAACGUCGACAACGUCACCGAAGGCGAAAGCGCGUUCUUCGCGGGCAAGGUGGAACCGGCAAACGACCCCGACCUGAAGUUGGAGUGGUUCUUCAAUGACAAGCCGUUUGAUCUCGGCUCGAGGUGCGACUGUGUUCAUGAGUUUGGAAAGGUGAAAAUGGACAUGACGAAUCUCAACCCAGACCACGCCGGUGUGUACAAGUGCAGAGCUUACAACAAGGCUGGUGAAGCGUUCACUCAAGCUAGGCUAAAGGUCAAGGGCAAGCUUGGAAUCAUCACGGACACGAAGAUUAGGCACACAAUGGAGAAAAUCAAGGAUGAGGGUGGCAUUGAAACGGGUGCCUUGCACUAUGACUUCACCGAUGAUGACUUCUACCAGAAGGACAAGAACCAGCCGCCGAUCUUCAAGAAGCACAUCAAACACAAGACUGACCUUCACCAGGAUCAGUUCACCAAAUUUGAGGCUUUCCUCAUCCCAAUUGGUGAUCCAAACAUGAAGGUGGAAUGGUUCUUCAAUGGAAAACCUCUGAAGAGCGGACAUAGAUUCAAGCCGAUCUACGACUUUGGUUAUGUGGCAUUGGAGAUAUUGUGGGUGUUCCCAGAGGACACUGGCGAGUACCUUUGCAGAGCCACUAAUUUGUACGGACAGGAUGAGACAAAGGCAUGGUUGAAGAUCAUAGGAACGCGAAACAUCAUCACAGACACCCAAUUGCCAGAGGGUAUGGAAGAAGGUGUAGUCAAACUGCAGGAGAUGGAGGAAGAGAUGGCUAGAGCUAAGGGAGUGGAAGUGGAACAGGAGGAACCUGAUCGAAUUGCUCCAGAGUUUGUCAUCAAGCCACAGCAAUGCAAGGCCACAGAAGGUGAACUUGCCAAGUUCGAGUGCCGUGUUAAGGGAGUGCCGAGACCCAAGAUCCAGUGGUACAUCAACAACAAGCCAAUCUUGCAUGGGUCACGCUACAAGCUGUCCUAUGAUGGCAUGCACUACAUGGAGAUUCCCAAAACCAAGCAGUAUGACCAUGGAGAGGUGAAGGUUGUUGCAAGGAACUCGGAGGGAAUGUGCAUAGCGAAGAGUGUACUGCACAUCGAAGCUAGAACUGACGACUAUCGUUCCGUCUUGAAGUCGACCAAGAAACCCUCAAAGGAAAUCACCUACACACUGCCACAUCGGGAGGAGAGAGUGAAAUUACCAUCACCUGAACUGGAAACGACGCCAGAUGGCGAGGUUACUGUAGAGGACUUAGAAGGACUGCAGUUCCUGCCCCAUGUUAUGCCAUCAAAGAAGAAGGAGAAGAAACUGGAGAAGAAGACAGAGAAACCAGUGUUCAUCAAGAUGAUCGAUCACUGCAGAGUAACUGAGAGUACACCAGGCAAAUUCGUGUGCACAUUCAAGGGCGACCCCAUGCCUGACAUCUUCUGGUACAGAGAAGGCUACCAACUGCAGGAUACCAGCGAAUUCCAGAUUACCAUCAAGGAAGGCUGGAGUCAACUGAUCGUGAAGAACUGUGAAUUGGAGGACAGUGGUAUUUUCACUGCCAAGGUUCUCAAUUGCCAUGGCUGGAACGAAUGUAAAGCAAACCUGGUCGUGGAAGAGGCUCAGAUGGGAGAAGUGCCUCCAUGCUUCACCAAGGUACCGGAUGAUGCUAACCCUAUUGGGCCUAAAGUCCCGGUCAAGUUCACAUGCAAAGUUUCUGGCUCUGCGCCACUCACUGUCUUCUGGGAGAAGGAUGGCAAGAAGAUCGACGAAACAUUUGCCAGCGUCAAGGUUGUCGACGAAGGCCCUGGUGUUCACACGUUGCUCAUCCAUGAGACGCAGGAGUUCCACAAUGGCAUCUACGAGUGCGUCGCACAGAAUAAUGCCGGCGAGGCUCGCUGCAAGGCAGAGGUGUACGUGCUGAUUCCACAGGAGGUACCCGACCUGCUACCCGACUAUGUCGCACCUAAAUUGAUGACACCCAUGCAGAACCAGAUAGUGCAGCAAGGCCAGGAGGCAGUCUUCCGGUGCAGGAUCACCGGGGAGCCCGCUCCUGAUGCAUUCUGGUUCCACAACGAGGGAGAGAUUAAACCGAGCAAGCUCAUGCACAUGUCGACCGACAAAGACUUCUACAUCUUGAAGCUCUCGGAUUGCAAGCCCGAGAACGAGGGAUGGUACCGAAUCGUGGCGAAGAACGGUGGCGGAGAGUGCACGUCCGCAGCUACCCUGACCGUGCAGCUGCCAUCGGCUGCACCACAAUUCACCAAGCCCCUGCAGAGUAUCAGCGUUAUGGAGGGCAGUCCAGCUACGUUUGACUGCCUAGUGACAGGAAACCCUGCUCCUAGCAUCACCUGGCUGAGAGAGAGUACUGUCAUUCAGCCAUCGCGAGACUUCGAGAUUGUGACAGACGGAGAGAAGUGCACGCUAACAAUCCGCGAGACGUACCCCGAGGAUUCGGGCACCUUCACAUGUCGUGCGAGCAACGUUGCAGGAAAGACCGAGUGCAGUGCGCAGCUCGUUGUCCAAAGCCCUCAGGCGGCCCAAGUGAUGCCCACAGACUCACAGCUACCACCUGAAACGCCACCAGAAACCACAACGGCACAGGUUACGCUUGCCCCACAGAAACCCGAAGAAACAAAACCAGAAGCAACACCACCUGCAUUUACACGUGGCCUUAUGCCCCAGACUGUGACAGAGGGUGAAAGCGUGGUCUUUGAGUGUGAGGUCACGGCAGUGCCGGAGCCAGAGAUUAUUUGGCUGUGUGAUGAUAGGCUAGUGGACAUGACCGAAAACGUGCAAGUCACUUACAAAUCGGGCGUGUGCGUUCUGACGCUCACGAACGUGACGACGACACAGCAGGGCCUGUACAGAUGUGUGGCCAGAAAUAUUGCCGGAGAAACAUCCACGUCUGCAACCUUAACGAUCAUAGUCCCUGAGAAGAUUCCGGAGAAGUCUGUUGGAGUCGCUCCCCACAUUGUGAAGGAGCUGGAACCGGAGACGGUGCCCGAGGGCAGCUCUGUGCUUCUCACCUGUGAGAUAACAGGUCAGCCACGCCCGAAGACCUUCUGGUAUGUGGAUGGACGCGAGAUCGUACCGUCGAAGGCAUUCCAGCCCAAGUAUGAACACGGAACAGCUACACUGCUCAUACCGCAAGUGUUUGUAGAGGAUAGUGGUGUUUACACCUGUAAGGCAAUCAACCCUGCGGGUGAGGUAACCACUGCUGCCUGCCUAACUGUCCAAGCACCGGAAGGUGUCACCGUGCCCGAAACGCCAAUACCUGAGACCCCGGAGAGACUGCCAGAAGCCUUGGCUCCAAUACCAGAGAAAAAGAAGAAGAAGAAGAAGCCAAAGGAUGAGCAGGUGCCGAAAUUCGAGGAAGAACUUCAACCCAUCACGACGAUGGAUGGACAGAGUGUGACCUUCACCUGUAAGGUGAGCGGCAAGCCUCGGCCGGAGAUGACUUGGUUCAGGAACGGGAAGCCGAUCGAGGAGAACAAGGACAUCUGCAUGACGUAUGAAGACGACGGUACCUGCUUGCUCAUCAUCAAUGAGUCGUUCCCUGAGGAUUCGGGAGACUACGCCUGCACUGCCACCAACGCAGUUGGAGAAGUUACAACUACAGCCCCACUGAUUGUCGAGUUGCUGUCCUAUGUCCCCGACACGGAGGAGGCAUCAAUGUCUAUGUCGCUGCAACCACAAAUGUCUAAAGACGAGGAGGGAACCUUCGCUGAGCUGUCCGAGAUCGAUGAGAAGGAGGAGAUGCAAGGAGUUCCCGAGAUAGUCGACGAGGUCGUAGAAGACUUUCCGCUAGACGAGGAACCCACAAAGACGACAGCGCCGGUGUUUGUCAGCGAGCUGCAGCCGGUCGAAGUGACCGAGGGCGAGCCGGUAGCAUUCGAGUGUCGCGUCGAGGGAGAGCCAACGCCGACCGUCGUCUGGUACGUGCGCGGCAAGGAGAUCAAGCCGUCGAAGGACUUUGCGCCGACGUUCGAGGACGGCAUUGCGCGGCUGACGAUCACGCGCGCAUACCUCGACGACGAGGGAGAGUACACGUGCAUCGCGCUGAAUGCCGUCGGACAGCACAUGAGCACCGCGUACCUGACCGUGAAGCCUCUUGAGGAGAAACCAGUGGAGGCACCUGAAGAGCCAGAGCCAGAGCUCGAAGUUGUUCAACUAGCUGCCGAACCUGUAGAGGAGGCACCAGAAGAAGAACAUGUCACCUCCGUCUCGCUGGGUCUCACCAAACCAGAGGAGCCUCAGCCAGAAAAGAAGAAGAAGAAGAAGAAACCAAAAGAAGAAGCGCCGGUGGAGACGGUGACGGAAGCCGUGCUCGAGAGGAAGCCGGAAGAAGAGCCGGAAACGGAGGAGCUCAUCGUUCAGAUGCUGAAGCCCGAAGAGGCACCCGAACCAGAGGACGUCACGGAGGAAACGACGACCCUCCUGACCUUGCAGAAGCCCGAGGAACCCGAGGAGGUGACAGAGGUCGUGCAGGAGGCGCCGGAGGUCGUGCCGGCCGAGCCGACAGACGAGGAGGAAGAACAUAAGGUGGCCGUCGUCGAGAAGGACGAGGUCGAGGUCACGGAGCAGGUCGUGCAGAAGGACAUGGCGCCGGCGUUCAUCCGCAAGCUGAAGAACAUCGAUGCACACGAGGGCGAAACCGUGACCUUCGAGUGCCUCGUCAAGGGCGUGCCUUCGCCGGAGGUCGUCUGGUAUCAGGACGGCAGUGAGAUUACUGACCAGGAGAGGUUCAGGCCGUCGCGGACGGACGACGGCGUCUGCACGCUGACCGUCGAGGGCGUGCACGUGGACGACGACGCGGAGUACUUGUGCAAGGCCAUGAACCCGCUCGGCGAGGCCACCACGGUAGCCGAGCUGUUCGUCGAAAAAGCAGAUGCAGCCCCAGAGUUUACACAGCCACUCACUAACCAAGUGGUCACAGAAAGCAAGCCAAUCACAUUGACCUGCAAGGUUAUUGGCCACCCAACCCCAGAGGUGACAUGGUUUGUGAAUAACGUGGAAAUCACACCAGAUACAACUGUGUACAAGAUAUCCCAUCCGGAUGAAACCACACAUGAGUUAACAUUGCCUGAGGCUUUCCCUGAAGAUGAAGGGGAUUACAUCUGUAAGGCUAUCAACCCAGCGGGUGAAGCUGUGACCAAAGCCUAUUUGACCAUCAAACCAUGGUUUUGUGAAGAGGAAAUUGAAGACAAUCUGCAUGCUUCCAGACAGCGAACUGCUAGUUCCUCAGAUACUGAACUCACCACAUACAUGAGCGAUGACCACGAACUUGACUCUCAUAUUGAGGAUCUAGAAUCAGAAGUUACAUCGUCAGAACAAAUCGAAUACACGCCAGUGGUUUCCCCUGUAAAGGAAAUGCCCGAUAGUUAUAUUUCUACUGUGUCAGCUCCCUUGGUUAUGACUGAAGAGGUAGUUGAACUAAACUGCAUGUUGCAUGAUGUCAGGUCAACAGUAAUGCAUGUCUCGACGAGUGAAGACGCUGGAAUCGAAGUGAGUUUAGAAGACCAACAGCUAGAUGUGAAUGAUGGUCAGGCCCAGCAUGAUACUGAAAUCAUAUUGUCACAUCCCAGGUCAUCGAGCUGUGAAUUCCUUCAUGAAAGUGACUCAUGCGAAGAAGUUGUAGCCAUGUCACCCUCUGAAGUUCAAGAUAAUAGCUUCACAGAUGAUAGACCAGUGUCCACCAUUGAUCCCAGGCCAUUGAUUGAGUCUUCCAGCUCUCAACAAUUGUACGAUAAGGAAAUAACCACUCAUUCAAAACCUUAUGUUGAGACAGUAGUCACUACCACAAGUGUCGAAACAAACCCACCCAUAUUUCAGCUUGCGUUAUCAAGGGAUGAACAGUUUCGGGGCUACCCAGAGGAGCAUCUAACUCUGUAUCCAGAGGAAUCUGUUGAUGUAGAAGUUAAGAUCCCAGCAGCUACUAGCUCACCAGAUGAUAGUUCUAUCCGGAAGGAACCUGUCAAAAGCAGGUUGUCUGAUCUCGUAUGGAAUCCUGACGAUAACAUCAUCAUCAUUGAUAAACCCAAUCGCCAAACAGACGAAGGUAGAGAUGAGCGCAUAGGCGAAACCUAUGGAAGUUCAGACAGUUCUGAUGGAGAGAUGGUUGACAUCUUGGAUAUUCGCCGAGCAUCAAAACUAUCCCUGCCAGAGAAUAUUGGUGCAGUCAAGCUAGAGGAACAGAGUGUCCACUUUGUUCAGCACACCUUGGUACAAUCUGAUGUGUCGCACAGAGGCAUUGAAUCUCCCAUAGAGUGUGCUGUCCAACAAGAUAACGAUUACGCACUAAUGGAAAUUCCUGACGAGUUGCUAACAUCUUCUCAAGAAAAUCUCGAGUGUAAUGUAGAAAACUCAGAGUCGGAUGGUGAGGAGUUUAUCGAAGUGUUAGAUAUGCGCAGGGCUUCUACGAUCUCACUCCCUGAGACACCGCCAGCCAGGAAAUCCAAAGGGACCAUGAAUGUGAACCAGUAUUCAUUAGUGCAGUCAGAUAUAUCAGGAUUCGCAAAAACAGUGGAAAGCAAUGAGUCCGAGACCAUUAUUACCAGUUCAGGGUCACCCACAGAGGACACAUGCCAAGUACCUUUAUAUGCGAUUGAAGAAUUGUCUGAGACGCAUACGAAACAUGCUCACAUGGACACGACCGAUGGAAUACCUCACAUUAGUGUGAACACUUCCAAAAGAGACGAGGUAUUUCUGUCUGUUGAUGAAUGUGUGGAGAUGACUGUACUGGCCGUUGUUGGAAGGCCAGCUCAGGUGGCACAUGCAGAUGUUAUCAUCCCUGGUGAAGGGGAGGCAAGUGCUGAAUGUGUCAUGGUUAAGGAGAACACCAUUACUGUCACAGAGGAAGAGUUAUCCAGAUGGAAUCAUAAACAAGUAGCUUCUCUCGAUGAAUUACAUUUUCCAAACAUUGUAUUGUUAGAUGAGUUAACACGUGAAAACGUGACAGAGGAAACUAGCUUGGUUCCUACGACAUCGAUUCACUUAAGUGAAUUUCCAGUUUCCACUGGAUCGGUGGACACAUCAAAUAUGACAGAGAAAGUAAGCACGUCGGUUGAAGUAACAAGGCAAGAAUUCAUUACAACUUUGGUAGACAGUUGUGAAGAGAAAAUGCUGGCACUCUCAAAAGUGCCCGAAGUUAGGCAUGAAAGUCACAUAAUUCCAUGUGUGACUGAGAUGACAGUUGAGUCACCUGUGGAUGUUCAUAUGACCGAUGAUGUUAAGCCAGAAAACUUGAGAGACGACACGCAUGAUAUCAGAAUGUCCACCCUGCAGUCAUCUGAGAUCGCCCUGCACGAUUCAGUGUUUCCAAACGUUGUCAUGCUUGAAAUCGAACCAACAGAGAAUGUCGCAGUGCCUAGAGGAUUAAAGUACAAUAAGGAUUCAGCAUUGAAUAAUGAAACAGAUGGUGAUGAGAGAAUGGCAACAUAUGAUAAUGGUUAUGCAUCACAUAAGAUUGAGGUUGAACCAAGCAGGGACGAGGAACGUAUCUUUGCUAUUGACACUGAACUUUCAAAAGAAGAAAUGGUUACACUGACAGCUGAUGGCAGUGAGGAUGCCAUAGUACACGAAGAUCUUAAAUGUGAAAGCGCAUCAGAAGACAUUACAUUGGCCGUCACCUCAACAUGUGAUGAUUCUGUGGCAGGUAGCCUUAAAACGAAGCCAACUGAACAUUUGAAAACUGAAACCAUAUACAUGUCCGUUGAGGGUGCUAUGCUGACUUGUCACGACGAGAAAACCGAAAUGGAAACUAUUGACGCAUAUCAUGCUUUAUUGCACGACGUUGUUAUUCCAUUCAUAGAAUUUACACAGACUGUAACACUCGAGGAAGUAAAUUCCGCCCUGUUACCUGAAUCCACGCACAUGAGCGAUAGCGGACAGAUCAUACAGAUUCCUGAAGUAAAAUUCCCAGAUGCUGUCACUCUUGAGGAGUUGGGCAGAAGCAAGGAAGACCAAGUAGAUGAUGUACAAUUAGAACACAUUUUGUCAAUUGUAAGUAAUGAAUCCUUUGACCUCAACGUAACAGAUGUCGACGCGAGACAUCAUGUGGAGACGUCUGAGAUGAACUGGGAUGAGACGAUAUUUCCUGAUGUGCGGAAAGAAGAAGGAGACGAAUUAACCAGAGAUGUGUAUCUAACUGGGAAUGAGUUUCAAGAAGUGUCAGUAGCUGAGGCAAUAUUUCCUGAUGUGCGAGAAGAAGAAGGAGACGAAUUAACCAGAGAUGUGCAUCUAACUGGGAAUGGGUUUCAAGAAGUGUCAGUAGCUGAGGCAAUAUUUCCUGAUGUGCGAGAAGAAGAAGGAGAUGAAUUAACCAGCGAUGUGCAUCUAACUGGGAAUGGGUUUCAAGAAGUGUCAGUAGCUGAGACAAUAUUUCUCGCCGUUGAGGAAGCCACAGAAGAAGUAUCAAGCAAGGAUGUUGAACAAAGUGUAAAACCCUCUCAAAGUCGCUCAACAGUUGAGAAAAAUUUUCCAGCCGAUGAUGACUUAAACAACAUGGAAUCGGUGACGGAUACUGAGGUAACUGCAAAAGGGUUUCAGGAAUUUUCCGUUGCAGAGAAAAUAUUUCCAGCUAGUGAAGAAGACAUGUGUACAGACUCAAUCAGGGCUGCUGAAUUAACUGUGGAAAACUUUCAGGAAGUUUUCAAGACGAUAUCAGACAGAGUAACGGAUUCGUCGUGUGAUGAACUCAGUAACCAAGGGGGCCUGCAGCUGGUUGUAUCAGAAGAUCAACCAAGUGAGAAAUCAGAUGAAGAAACCUCUAUCAAAGAGGAGAUUGAUGUAUACGAAUUUGAAGUCAAAAUCAUAUACCCAGUGCUUGUGGAAGUGAGUACAGAACUGAACAUUCGUGAUAGCAUGGAAGAGAAUUUGCCCAUUCCUAGCGUAGUUGAAGAGCCUGAGCAAACUACUUCUGUGGCAGAUCAGGUCUCCAUUGAAGAGGACCAGAAACAAAGUGAAAUACUUGUAGGCGAGAGCACUAUAAAAGAAACUGAUGCAAGACCAACAGCUAUGACUAUACAUUCGUGUCAUCCAUCAUUAGAGAAGACUAAUAUUGUUCUGACACGUAUGGAAUUUCCGGAAACUGUAACACUGGAGAGUACAGAUACGUUCGGUUCUAUACCAAGAUCUGAAGCAGUUGCUAAUGAAUCAUGCGUAGACGAUUUAAAACUCAAGCGCAUUUCUCCCAUAAAGAUAAGUGAAGAAUUUGAAGUGGAUGUGGGAUAUCUCAAAAAAUAUGUUCCGGCUGAAACACAUGACGUAUACCUGACUGCGUCGGCACAUUCUCCCGAUGAGAUGACAAUAGAAGAUGCAAACAGAGACGUUGAUCUAACAGUGAAAGGGUUUCAGAACCGCUCAGUUGCCGAGACAAUAUUUGCAGCUGACGACGAAGACAGUGUUGAAACAUUAAGCAAGGAUGUGGAGCUGUCUGCAAGGGGGUUUCAAAAAUUCAUGCGAGCUGAAACAAUAUUUCUAGCUGAUGACGAUAACACACCGGACGAAUCAUGUGAGGAGGACAAGCUCAUAUCAGAAAAACCCCAUGAGCAUUCACUUGGCAAAACAACAUCCGACUCGGACGUAGAGUCAUCAAAUGUCAAAAAGGUAUGUGAAGAAACUACAGCACACUUGGAAGUUUUAGAGGAAAUCACCCCAGAUACCGAUGAUGAGAGGGGUUUAUCCGAAAUUAAAACUACUGCGGCUAAUAAUGGCAUGAUGAAACUGACAAAGACAACAGAAUGCGAAAUAGUGCCUCUUGCCGAGUUAGAUUUUCCAGAUGUGAUUUUCUUAGCUCAGAUCGAGAAUGAAAACAAAAGUGAAUUGACACUAACGAACAGCACAGAAGCCUCAAGACUUGACCUUUGCAUUCCACCAGAAGAUAGCAUUCCUGACACAGAGGGCUCAGCGGAUCAUGCGGCAGUUGCCGUAUUAGGUGAUGCACAGCAAGAACAUAUGCUAGUUCAUAGCAUGGCUGAGGAUUUGCUGCAGGAUUCAUCUUAUGUAUCGCAACAGGUUUCAGAUGACCAAGAACGACAACAGAAUGAGAUCACCCUGGAAAACGAUAAUGUUGUCAACGUUGCUAGCGAGAGAGCAGAGAUGAACCCUACGGAGCUAUCUCGUAUUUCGCUACACAAAACUCAUAUUAGUAUACCAAGUAUCGAGUUCCCAGAUUCAAUAGUAUUGGAAAGAACAGCAACUGUGUCUGCAACCACGCACCCACCACUUUCUGUGAAAAGUAUUGCGACAGCUAAAGCAGAAAACAAGCACUCGCAAGUAGAAGAUGUGCAUGCGCAGCACAUUUUUCCAGCAAGGGUUAACGAACAGUUUGAUGUAGAUGUAAGAGAUCUUGACAAACAUGUUCGUGUGGAAACAUGUGAGAUGCACCUGACUGAUUCUUUACUUUUGCCUGACGAAGAAAUUGCAACAGAAGAUGCAAACGUUGACCUAACAGUGAAAGGGUUUCAGAACCGCUCAGUUGCUGAGACAAUAUUUGCAGCUGAUGACGAAGAAAGUGUUGAAACAUUAAGCAAGGAUGUGGAGCUGUCUGCAAGGGGGUAUCAGGAAUUCACGCGGAUUGAAACAAUAUUUCUAGCUGAUGAAGAUGACACAGCCGACGAAUCAUGUGAGGAUGACAAACUCGUAGCAGGAAAACUCCAGCAACAUUCCCCUGACAAAACUACACCCGACUCGAGCGUGGAGUCAGCAAAGGCAAUACUGAAUCCUAAGGAAGACAUGAAGCCGGAUGCAUUUGGCGAUCAACCAGAUAUGAAAUCAGAUGAAGAGAAGUAUGUUCAAGAGGAGAAGGAUAUCUCUGAAGUUGAAAUGCAACACACGCACCAAUCCCUUGUGGAAGAAAGUGUUGAGCUGAACAUUGACACUACUAACUAUAUCGAUAUAGUAGACCAAAGGGACCUUGGUACACCUGAGACUAAUGUAGUUGACACUGUAGAAGUUGUAGAGACAAAGGCUGUCGAUAUGCAGUACAGGCCAACAGUGUGCGACACGGCUGAGUUUACAUCACUGGCUGCAGAAUGCUCAGCGUCUGUACGAGAAGAGGUCGACAUGGCAAAUACGUUGACGAUAAGGGAAUGUGAUAUAUUUCUUCCUUCGUUCACUGAUCAAGAUACAGAACAUACGGUCAGAAGUGUUACUGCCACUUCACCAGAUCAGGUUGAUCUACACACUGAGACUGAAGUGGCAUUUGAAAGCCUUGCCAUCCCUCAACAUGCAUCCGAAAGCUAUGAUGUCUCUCUCAGGCAUUUGGAAGCUACAUUCAAGGAUGCUGACCCCGAAACCUAUAGCGUAGAAAAGAUAUGUGGAACUGAUAUCAGUGAGAGUGAGAAUCAAACAUAUAUCAAUUUGGAUAUAGAACGUGAAACACCCAGAACAACAUUUGAUGCCAAACCUGUCCAAAGUUAUCCCCCUGAAGCAGAACUGGAUUUCAAGAGUAUAAAAACUGAAGAUUCUGUGAGCACAGGUUUGAAAUCUGGAAGUGAUACCAGUGCACCAAAGUCUAGGACUUCUGAUCUACAAGUCAUAGCAGGGAAAAGCUUAGAUUCAGCUUCUGAAUCUAACGUAAAAUCAGUCGAAGCACCAUACCUACUUAUCGGGGAGAUGGAUGAGGCAUGGGAUGUGGCAUUGGGUGACAAUAUCGGUUCAGUGGAGACAUCAGAGCAUGCUAGCAAAGAAGACAACUUAAGUGUAGAAUCACAUCACGAUUAUGAUCAGCAACCAACUGUGAAAUGUGUAGAUGUGUGUGGAACACCAAAACCGCUGUUAGAGCCCAUACAUCCGCCCAUAGAAGAGAAGGUAGAAGAAUAUCUGGCAAUUCUCAAGCCUGAUAACGGUGCUAUCGUGCAUGAAUACAUUAGCAUAGCUGAUUCAUUUCACGUAACACGUCAGCAAGAAACCGUGGAGUAUGAAAACAGAGAAACUGACAUACUGCUGCGUGAGUCAACAGACAUUGUGAUGAAAAUGCAACAGACAGAUGAAAUACAUCCUAAGGGAAAUGAAAGUGUAGACACUGGAGUCCAUGAUAUUCCCAGAGAUGAAAACAAAUUGGAAACACUAGAUGAAAGUAAAGUGAAAAACCUCAGCCGUAUAGUUACUGUCAUUUCUCAAACUAAUCUCAUAGAAACAAUAUUUCCGGUCGAACUGAACGCUGAACUCUUAGACUCUGAAGUUGAGGUGGAACCACGUACACCAAACCCGACUGCAGUAAAUCAAGUAGAUAGUACGAGCAUUGAGACGAGAAUGCCUGACCAGAUUGCGGAAUGUAGCAGUGAUCUACUGUUACCACACAACGAAGGGAAGACGUGCAUGAACACCGAAUCAAAGGAUGCUGAGUCAGACGUAACUGUUGUUCAAGAUGAGUUGAUAGCCAGUUCGCAGCAAAUCUGCCAAGCUGAAGUUUCUGCAGGAAGUUUUCUUGCCGCAUCAGAUGAACGUGAGUCGAUUGGAGAAACUGCGUUUGUCGUUAUUGGGAUCAAAGAGUUGUCAUCGCAGGCGCUUGAAGUGGCCAUUGUCCCUGAGUCACCCACAGAGACCCCAGAAGACGAAAUAGCGCUACAACCAGAUUCUAGUACAGUAGACACACUGUUGAGCACUACCACACAGCCUUCAGUAACUGAGCUGGAAAGUUUCAUGGAACCUGAAAUAUAUCAGUAUUCGAUAGAGGAUGUAAUUUCAAAAGCUGUUGAGUCAUUUGUAUCUACAGGAGACAAGUGUUCACAAUCCAGUCUUUUCGCAAGACUACUAAAGCAUUCGGAAGAAAAGAAAAAGGAAGCUGAUACAACCGUAUUACCUUCGGAUGUAUGCGUGCUUCAGGAUGAUCAAGCUUUACAUACGGAUAAAGAUAAAACAGAUAGCACACCUGACGCAGAUAUACAUGAGCAUGUGGAGAGCCGUGAUGACGUUAACGAUGGAAAUCAUACAUUACCAGACAACGGAAUAGCCCCGAUUCAAGAAACAGUUGUAGUGGAGAAGCAAUCGGAGAUAACUGUUCAGGCCUCGUUGGGAAGUGGUACAAAUGCACGCGAUGAUCAACUAAAUGAUGCUGCUUCGGAUGACUCUGACGAUAUGCCUAUAGAGGCUAAAGAGAGACUACAAGACCAGGUGCAAGGCACGACGGUUCAUAUGAUUUCAGAGCAACUAGUUGCAAAUCACACCCUGGAAUCAUUACUGCUCACAAUGGAUGGAGAUGCGUUUGACCAGUUGUACAAUCGGAUAGUGGUGGAAGAAGAGUUCAGUACUGACAUGCCCGCUGGCAGUGGCACAUGCUGCCCACCAUACCCACCACCUUUGCUUGAUGACGAUGAUGAUGAAUAUCAACCAAUGUAUGAAGACGAUAUCCCAGCCUCUGAACGUACAGAAAUCCUUACUGCUGGCAUUCAGGAAGAGGAGUUCGCAGCAGAUAUUUCCGACAUUAGAACUGGAUUACGCAUGGGCAAAUGCUUCAGUGACAAAUUGGACACAAUACACGAACAAGCAGAAGUGUCCGACGAUGCCUCUAGUAGCAGUCAAGAGUUGACGAUACUAACGCAUGUCACUGUAGACGUGGAAAAGAUGAUAGAUUUUGGUGACAGUGCAGAGCAUAGCGAGGCAGAAUCUCAGUCGUCGACCGCUGAGGUAUCAUACAUGCUACCACACUUAUCUGAGUAUGAUGUUGUGUUUGAGGUCGACGAUGAGGUGAGACAGGAGGUUGUUUCCAGAACACUGACUGUGUAUGAAAGCAGUAUUGGAACGUCAUCGGAAGAAGACCUCAGUAGUACUCAUGAUGACAUUACUGUUCAAGUUGAAGAGAACAGCCUCGCUCAAACACAAAUCAAGGACCUUUGUGAGACGAUUGAGGUGUUUGUUGACAAUACGACGAGCGAGGAGGACACGUGGCGUAGGACACAAUCGGAAUCAGAAGAGGAUCCACCAUUUUUCCGCGAUGAGACACCGGUCCCUAUAGAAGGUCACGCGUAUGCGAUUAUUAUUGAUGAUGAUCAAGAGUGUGGGGAUACCAGUAGCGUGACUAGCGAAACUAAGAGUCCAGCUUGGGAUGAGCUCAGUCAGAUGAGCCUUGUUUCUUACGAAGAUGAACCAAGACACUUGACAGGGCAUUCUAGGGAAAACCUGUUGAAUUUGAGUUUCGAGUUGGAAACAGAAACAGUAGAAAAGACUGAGAGUGAGGUAAAUCACGUAAGUGAUAACAUUACCACGUUGCCCGACCCUCUCGAGAAAUCAUCAUGCACAGAACCAGAUCACGAGUCGGACUCUUCAGGCAGUAUGAAGGAAACGUCUACCAGUAAUGUCGAAAUUGCUGACAUAUUGUCUGACAUUCAAACAGAAGAGCUAAAGAUUCUGGCAGGAAAUGAUCUCACAGGAUUCUGCCCAACUGUGGACACGUAUAGUUCAGUUCACUCACACACUCAAUAUACAUUAGGUGUCGUACAGUCUGUUGCAGUAGAACUUUCUCCCACUGAACAAGAGCUAACAGGAGUUGAUAACCUCGAUGGUAAGCUGGCAGGUGAAAGCACCACAUUACAAACUACAGUGGGGAAAGAAGAGGCUCGUGACCCAACAACGGUUUGUGACUCUGAUUCCCGGACAUUGGAGAAUACAAGCUUAUCUCAGUCGAAUACCGAAAUAACACUUUUUGCAGUGUUACCCAAAGAUGAAUUUUUCCACGCUACGGAAACAACGCUCUCAACAAGGGAUCCGGCUGUUGUAGAUAUAUCCCUUAGUAAUACACAGACACCUCAUUCUGUGGACCGUUUAGCAGCUUCAGCGCAUGUAGAAAAACGUGCAGUCCUCCCGGGAGCACAUGAAGAGAGACAUGUACAAGCACAAAUGUUGGUGAAACAUGACGAGGAGACGGCAAGUGUCAGUUAUGAAAUGAAAACACACACAGAGGAAUACCACGUCGCCUUCUUUAAACGCUCAUAUGACGAGAUGUCAGCCCAUAAAUCAUUCAAGAAAAAACGAGAAAAUGUAAAGCGCAAGAAACCAUUUACAGAUUCUACUGAAAGCAUCACUGAUGAUAGAGAUAAAAUGCCGUACACUGACAUAGCGUCAUCAUCAGAGACACUUAUUGACGAGCAUUUCAUUGAAGCCUGGCAAUCAACGGAUACCCUUGUCGAGGAGCCAGGCAUUGUAGCAGUAUCAUCUAUUGACAGUGCCACACCUGUAAUAGACUACCACCCUGAAGGAAAUGUGGAAUACCAUAUCAUGGAUCCUCAAGAUGAUUAUGUUGGUGUAGCGGAAAGCUCCUCAGAUUCUGAAUUUUCAAUAACAGAGUAUGAACAUGAGCCUAGAGUGUUUAGAGCAAAAUCUAAAACCGUGGAAGUAUCAGUAAUCAGAUCUGAGCCUCCAGUUGAACAGCAGGCCCCUCCAAAGGCAAAGUCCGGAUUUACGAAAGUCCUCGAUAAACUCGUAAACUGGAGCAGAGCUUCACCAGACAUACACGAACCAGAUGUACAGCAACUACCGCCAGAUGUUGUAGACACUACUCAUCCUCAUGGAAACGAAGGUGAUCCGAAUGACGAAAUUGAAACAAUCGAUUGGGACAAACGAGAUGAAAAUGCUGUUGAAUCGGAAAGACUGUCACUUCUGUCUGAAUCACCAAUAUCAUUUUUCAAUGCGUCAUGUGGCAGCACUUCAGAUUCCGAAGAAAAAGACAUGUCAGAUUCAGAAUAUAGCCCUCACACAGAUAGAACGACAAAACGAGGAGUUUCAUUUGGAAGGACGGUUGUAUUUGAGAUACCCCACCGAGACGACGAGUCGUACCUUGUUGAAAGAAAAAGAGAGGUUCUUAGAAUCAGCCACUUUGACGCAAUAAAAGUCAUGCAACAGUUUCCACAUGACCGCCGCUCCCGACUGACACGAGCUGCUUCACAGGAGCUUGGAGACAUUAUUGCAAUCAAGACACCCACAGCAGAAGGCAGUGAGGACGAAAUAGGCUUUGUUGAUGCUAGCAGUGACGAGGAAACAGUCAUUAAGGCACCGAUCUAUGUUGAGAGGGCUUACUUUGCCCCUCUUGCGGUUGAUGAAGGCCUCAGUGAUUACACCACUAGUGAUUACAGUGAUGUGGAGCCGGAAGUAAAAAUGGCACCGAAGCCCAUUAGCAUGUACGUUCCUGCUGAGCAUGCGCAGGAAGUUGUAGAGAAAGAAUAUGCCCUCAGGCGAGCGAGUUAUGAGCAACUAGAUGAAUCUGCUAAUGACUCUGAUGCAUCUACUGUAGAUGGCAGUGACUACGUAGCCAUCAUGUUAGAUGGAAAUGCAAUGCAUGCUGAGGAUGCGGUGCCGUCAGAUAUCGAAAACACAUCUGACUCUGGUCAACGCACACCAACUCCAGAUGAUGCUGUUCCCGUGGAAGCUGUAGAGGUGAAUACCAUCGAAGAAGCUAUGGAUAGAGGUGAUGAGUUUAUCAUGUUUUCCUCCAAUGAUCAGGAACGUCCUCGUGUCUUGAGUAUCGCUGAACUAGAGAGUCCGGCACGUACAGCUGAGGAUAGUCCAUGUGAAGCAGUAGAAAGUGGGCUAGUAUUCACCCCUACUGAUGACCGUCAGAACGGUCAUGAUAAAACUCAAGAGGAGGAGUUGCUGCUCAACAAUUUUGAAAGUUGCAUAACUGUUGACAAGAGUUAUGCACCUGUCGCAUUGGAGGCACACGUAGGUGUAACGAUCUCGGUUACUGACGAUGCCUACUCUGACAUUCUAGCAAUCAUGGACAGCAUUAUAGAAAGUGCACUCAGCAACACAACAACACCCACUCACGCCAGAUCACUUGAAGAAGAUGGGAAUGCACAAACAAGCAGACAUAUAGCUGAUAGUACAGACGUAAACGAAGAGGAUGUGUGUCAACAGCCCGAUGCAGCUGCUUCAGUUAGAGCUGACAUGGAAGAGCAUGCACAUCUUGAAAAGCCACCAGUGCUGAAUGAACCAAUUACAAUACAAAGUGGAGAACUGGAAGUGGCCUGUGUAUCUUAUGAUGAGAGUAGUAUGGAAAUGAAACUGCAACUACCUGAUGAGGACGAUGCCAUUGUAAGAGAGGUUUUGAGCGGGUUAAUAGCCUCCGUUGUUGAGGGGACUGACAAGCUCGACAACCUUGUGCUAGCCACAUUAAAAGCAGAAGUAGAUGUACCGGUCUCACACGAGGAUAACAACGAUGCCUACUGUGACAUGUUAGCAGUCCUAGACAGCAUCAUGGAAAGUGCCCUCAGCAACACAACAACACCCACUGACACCAAAUCACGUGAAGUAUGCAUGAGAACGCACACGAAUGUAUAUAUAACUGACAGUGAAGAGAUUAAAGAGCCUCAUCAGCCCACUGAAACUGUAUCCAACGCAGAUCCUUCAUUGAGUAUUGAUGUGGAAGGUCAUGCAUGUCCUGGAACGCCACCAGUGAUAAAUGAGGCAACUGCAGUACAGAGUAGGGUUGUGGAGGUGGUAUCUAGAUCAUACGAUGAUAGUCAUGUAGAAAUCAUACUACAGUCACCUGGUCAGGAUGAUCUCGUUGUGAGGGAGGUUUUAAAUGAGUUAAUAGCUUCGGUUAUUGAGGGCAUUGCCAAACCUGACGAGAAUACACUAACGGUCAGCAUUGAGGAAAGUGCAAGGCAGGAUCUCCCGGAUGCACAUUUUAAGGAUGCUUACGAUGAUAUGGACGUUGCGUCAGUAGUCAAGGAUGCAUGCGUGGGUAUAAUAGACGAUAUGCUGAAGUUCGUUAUGGAUCCCCUGAGUGAUGUGAAGCUAGAAUCGUUAACUCACCUGCCAACAUGUGAUGAAACUGGUUCACGCAUAGAGGAUGGAAGCAUAAAGACAGAAGUUGCAAGAACUCAUAUGGCACCAGUAAAACAUGCAGAUGCAGAGCCAGAAAACGUUCCUGCAGAGGAUGAUGGCAUAUUCUGUGAACAAACGUCUAUGGAAACUAAGAUAACAGCACCUGCUUCGUUACCAAUUCGGAGACCAGUGGCAUUUGAGAUCAAUUUCAAAACAUUGAAUUCAAGUCCCGUAUGUAAAGUGAACGCAGACGAUGAGACGAGUCCGUCAGCAGUUCAACAUCAAACCGAGGUGUUGUCCGAUGCCGCCGUGACACAUGAUCCAACGUUGAAGACAGAUCACGAAAGAAAUCUGUGCACUGUGGAAGAUGCGUCUUCAACACCAACUGUGCCAGAUUCACCAUCUGAUGUAAAAUCACAGUUCCUUGUUGACGAAUUCUCAGUGUCGUCACAUCCCAGUCCUAAACGGCACGUGUACCACACCCAUCCGAGAGCAAGGUAUUCGAAAUUUUUCCACAUUGAUCUUGAGGAAGCCGACAAUCUGAAUAGGACUCCGACGUUACAUGAAUCUUCUACUCGAAGCUUACCUAAUUCCUCAUCCAAGGAAAGGCAUUUCAGUGGUAAGAAACUCUUGUUUGAUAAGAUUGCUCCUUAUCAGUUCCAUCCAGAUGAUGGCGCAGAAAGUGCAAUUCCACAAGCCUCAUGUGUUGAUCGACCACCUAUUCAAAGCAUCAGUGUACAUAGCAGUCCAUUGUCUAACUCCUCACAGAGGUUGUAUACCCACCCAAGCUCAUUCAGUGGAAACAAAAUUCCAGUGUCACCAUCAAAGAAGAAACCUCAUUUUCGGCCAUCUGUGAAAACUAUCAAGCGUUCGCAGCCUCAAAUUUCUGAAGGAACGUUGCCUUCAUCGAAUGAAGUGGCUAGUUCUAGUGAACACGUCACUAAAAAGCUGAAGCAUGAUCUAUCAAGAGCAACAGGCCCAUCGUUGAAUCCUAGUGAGAGCUCAGGUGCGCCUGAAUUCAUUGUGAUCGGAGAAUGGGACAAUGAAUAUUCUGAAGCUGAAAUUGAACAACAGGUGGGAGAAGCCGUUGAGGACAUAUUGAAUACAAUAACAGAGGAGGAGGAACCAGCAGAGACAACCCCGAUAAGCGAAUCCGUUGCAGCGUGGUUUAAUAUGCAUGUUGACAGUCAUUCUGCGGAAGCCUGCCUGUCACCGAUUAUAGAGGAACCAAUACUAGAUGCCCACAGUCCAAAGCCUGAUAAUGAUUCCUGGGAUUUCACGGAUUCCCCUGCACCCGCAAAUCAACGCAGCAAAUCUCAAAUAUCUGCACACGUAGCAAAACCAGCCGGGAAAGGAUUCAAGUACUAUGACGUUGUAAAAAGGAAAUCGAAAUCGAGGCCAAAACUGACACAUGACCUGUUCACAUCACCUGUGAUAGACACCCUUAUUAGUGAUGUAUCAAAUUCUAACGUGAUGCAGAGUGAGCCAUCUCCAGUAGACUCCUCAGGAUUAGGAUCACAAACCUCAUCUGCGACAGAUCCCACUAUACCUGUAGGUGGUGUAGAUGGUAUGGACACGUCUGUUCCAGAUGUGUCCGAGCUCCUACGUUCACCAAGGAUUGUUAAGUCACUAACCUACACGCCGUUGCAUGAUAGUGGAAGUUUCAACCUGAAUUGUGAAAUUUCCGGCAAAAGGUUGACAGUGCAUUGGUAUGGCGAUGGAGUUUUGUUGCAUGAGUCUGAAGUGGGAGAAGAAGAUGUGCAUGUCCUCAACAUAACCCAGCCUGUGCAUGAAACAGACAAUUCCGAGGUCUUGUACACUGUAAAGGCAGAGAACUUGGCAGGCUGCAUCGCAACACAGACAACAAUGCAUGCUUCUGAUGAUGACACAGCCGAGGAUAAAACUGAAGAUGAAGAAGAAGGAUUAAGGCCGACCUUUACUUUAAAACCGAAGAAGAAGACGGUGAAGGAGCACUCCACGACUGAGUUCAAGUCAUGUUUCAUUGCAAACCCAAGGCCUACGGUCACAUGGUUCUUCGAGGAAACUAAAAUUGUCGAGACGGAGAGGGUAAAAGUGUCUCUCUACCCGGAUGUUCACAUGUACACCUCCAUCUUGCGUAUUGAGAAGAUCACUACCAAAGACGUGGGAAAGUACACAAUUGUCGUGGAGAAUGAAAUUGGCAAGAUUAGUGCUACAGGAUCCAUCAAAUUACAAGAAGAGGUAGAGGAGGGCGAGGCACCAUACUUCAUCACCACGAUGUCGUCAACCGUCACACAAGAAGGCAGCACAGUCACAUUUGAUUGUCAGGUGGCAGGCAAACCCCGACCAGAAAUUACUAUACUGAAGGACGAACAGGACAUUGUGCCAUCUGAAAAGUUAUCCGUUGAAUACCAGGAUGAUGGAACAGUGUACUUUACAAUCAAGGAGGUGACACUAGAUGAUGAUGCUCCUUAUACGUGCCGAGCAACCAACCAGUUUGGUACAGUUAUGUGUACAGCUGAGCUCAUCACUGAGCCAGUGAAAGAGGCACCAAUGGUUAUCCAACCUCUGAGAGAUCAGAAGGUCACCCAGGAAACCGAUGCCAAGUUCAUGAGCACAGUCACAGGAUUGCCAAAGCCAACAAUUAUGUGGCUGAAGGAGGAGACAAAGUUGCAGCCAAGUGACAAAUAUCAUAUCUAUGAAGAUGAUGACACAGAGAUUUUGGAGAUUUCAAAGUGCACCCCUGAAGACAUUGCCAAAUACACACUGGUGGCAGAGAACACAGCUGGAGAGGCCACAACAGUUGCCAAUUUGGACGUAGUUGCACCAGAAGAAGCACCAGAGAAAAAGAAAAAGAAGAAGAAGAAGGAGAAGGUUCCUCCUGGUACCCCACCAGAGUUCAUUAUUCCCUUGGAGGCGCAGCUUGUGCCAAUACAUCAGCCUACAGUAUUCAAGUGCCAAGUAACCGGAGAACCGAUCCCCCAGGUUACGUGGGAGUACAAUGGCGUACCAAUUACUGAGGAUGAGAAACACCAAAUCUUCUACAACCCAGAGGAAGAUAUGCAUUACCUCACCAUUCCUGACUCGGUCUUCCCCGAUUCUGGCAAAUACAGUGCUGUGGCGACAAAUGACUUUGGCAAGGCGAUCUGCACUGCUGAGAUGCUUGUUGAAGGAGUUCCACCAAAGUUUGUGGUUUUGCCGGAUGCAAUGCUGAGACCAGUGCAUGAAACAGCACCAUUCAAGUGCAAGGUGACAGGAGAGCCAACACCUGAGGUAACGUGGCUGUAUAAUGGUGUGCCUGUGGAAGAGGACGACAGACACAAGCUGUAUCACUCACCAGAAGAAGAUAUUCACCACCUUGACAUCACGGAUACCACAUUAGAUGACAGCGGCAACUAUACUGCUGUAGCGAAGAACAAGUUUGGCACAGCCAAGUGCACCGCAGAACUUGUUAUCGAGGGUAUUCCACCGAAGUUCACUGUGCUGCCGGAAGCAAAACUGGCACCAAUCACACAGCCAGCUACACUCACGUGCAGAGUGACUGGAAUUCCUGUACCGGAUGUCAGCUACGAAUACAACGGUACGCCGUUGCAGCCCGACGAGAGACACCAAGUGAGAUACGUCCCAGAGGAAGAUCUACACUACCUCACCAUUCCCGAAACCAUCCUAGAAGACAGUGGCGACUAUACAAUCAUCGCCAAGAACAAAUUUGGAACGGCCAAAGUCACUGCAGAGCUUCUCGUGGAAGGUGUAGCGCCAGUGUUUGUGGUAUUACCAGAGGCAAUGCUCGUACCAUUCAAUGAGGAUAUCCCACUGAAAUGCCGAGUGACAGGAGUUCCACAACCAGAAGUAACAUGGGAGUACAACAAAAUGCCGAUUCAUCCAGAUGAAAGGUAUCAGGUGUAUUACUCACCUGAAAAAGACCUGCAUCAUUUGACAAUAAAGAAGUCUGACCUACCAGACAGUGGUAACUACACUGCAGUGGCCAAAAACCGCUUCGGCACUGCCAAGUGCACUGCUGAAAUUGUGGUCGAAGGUCGCUCACCAAAGUUUGUGGUUCCUCUGGACGCUAUGGUAGUACCAAUUGGUAAGGAGGUGCCACUAAAGUGCAAGGUGACUGGUUUACCUAGACCAGAGGUGACAUGGGAGUACAAUGGUGUUCCUCUCAUAGAAGAUGAGAAACAUGUGACUAGCUAUACGCCAGAGGAUGACACGCACCAUCUGACAAUCACAGAGGCCAUAUUGCCUGACAGCGGAAGGUACACAGCAGUAGCCAAAAAUCAAUUUGGAACAGCAAAGUGCACUGCUGAGGUGCUUAUGGAAGGUGUUCCACCACAGUUUGUCAUUCCUCUGGAGCCGAUGCUUGUUGGAUACAAUGACGACACUGUGCUGAAGUGUCAGGUGACAGGCGAACCUAAACCGAGUGUCGAGUGGCUGUUUAAUGGUGUACCCAUUGAGGAAGACGAUUGCCACAAGAUCACGUACGUACCAGAGAAUGAUACUCAUCAGCUGACCAUCACCCAGACAACACCACUCGACUCUGGGAUGUAUACUGCUGUGGCAAAGAACGACUUUGGAAGGUCUAUCUGCACUGUUGAGCUGCUUGUGGAAGAAUUCGAGGAAAUUAAGGUUGAAGAAACAGAAGAGGUGAAGGUUGAAAGGAGGAAAAAACGAAAAGAAAAGAAAAUCAAAAAGGGUUCAGCACCACAGUUUAUUGUGCCCCUGGAAGGCUUUGCUGUCACUCAGGACAUGACCGUACCCUUUAAGUGCAAGGUCAUCGGUGAACCCAAGCCAGAGGUAACGUGGCUGUUUAAUGGCGAACCAUUCAGUCCAGAUGAGAGACACACUGUGACUUACGUGGAAGAAGAUGACACGCAUUAUCUGACCAUCAUGGAAGUAAAACCUGAAGACAUGGGCAGAUACACAGUUGUUGCAAGGAACGAGUUUGGCGAGUCAGUCUGCACUGCAGAGCUCAUUGUUGAAAAGCCUAAAGAAGAGCAGGUCCCUCCUACAUUUGUAAAGAAACCCAAGUCUCAACAAGUGAGAGAGAAUGAGACGGUUACCUUCAGCUGCGAGAUCACUGGCAAGCCUCACCCAGAAGUCGUGUGGACGUUCAACGACAUGGUCCUCACUGCAUCCGAACACGUCACCAUCACCAGAGUGGAAACAAUUUACACUGUGACAAUCACAAAGGUGAAGCGAAUGGUUCAUCAGGGUCAUUAUACUGUUACGGCAAAGAACCCUAGUGGCACUUCCGUUUGCACUGCUGAGCUUACUGUUGAAGAAGAACCUCUCAUCAUUCCUUUUGAGGAAACAAAGGCUCCCGAAUUCAAGGACAAGUUCAACUCGAUGGUUGUUCAUGAUGGCAGCACAGUUACGUUCAGAGCUGUCCUCUCUGGUACUCCCAAACCAGUUGUAAAGUGGUAUAAAGACAAUGAAGAGAUUAGAGAGCACAAGGACAUACGGGUUACAUACGAGGAUAACCUUGCUAAACUAGAAAUCCUUGAGGUGUUUCCAGAAGACACUGGAGUGUAUCGCUGUGUGGCUACUAAUGAACUGGGCACUGCAGAAUGUGUUGCUGUUCUAACUGUGGAAGUGACCGUUAUGUCUGUGUCAGAACACAUAUCUGAAGAAAUACUGGUUCCCUCUAUUGUGGAAGAGGAAAUUAUACCAGAAGAGGAAAUGCCAGGAAUCAAAGAAAUUCAGGAAGAAGUCAUUGAGACUACACAGGUUGUAAAGAAGAAGAAGAAAAAGAAGGAGAAAGUAGAAAAGCAAAUCACAGAGAUGACAUUUGAGGUAGAAAAGCCAGAUGAGCACACAGAGACAGUAGAAAGUGUGACUCUGGACAUUCAACGCAAAGAUCAUGUUGAAACAACAGAAAAGCAAGCAAUAGUUCCUCAACAAACAACAGAAACAGAAAUUGUCCUUGAAGCUGGAAAGCCGGUAGAGAUUGAAGGAAUGCCAGAAGAGAUUGUGAAGGAAGCAGAUAAGCCAAAAGAGCAUGUGACAGAAGCUGAGCUGAUCUUGCAGCGCACUGAUGUGGUGGAAGAAAUAGUGGAAGCAGUUACUGAGAAACCUAAGAAAAAGAAGAAGAAGCCUAAGGAAGAGGCGCCAGUAGAGGAGGUUGUUCCUGUAGAGGAAAUUCCUGUAGAAGAGGUUCAUGAAGAAAGGGUAGAGAUGGUGAUAGAGUUUGAACAACCAGAAGAAACUCCCGAGGAGAUUCCUCAACCUGAACUGGUGCCUCAGCCAGAGGAGAUCAUUGAAGAAGAGGUUCCGGAAGAGCGUGUUGAAAUGGUUAUAGAGUUCACAAAACCAGAGGAGGUUGUGGAGGAAGUUACUGAGAAACCUAAGAAAAAGAAGAAGAAGAAGCCUAAGGAAGAGGUGCCAGUAGAGGAGGUUGUUCCGGUAGAGGAAAUUCUUGUAGAGGAGGUUCAUGAAGAGAGGGUAGAGAUGGUGAUAGAGGUUGAACAACCAGAAGAAACUUCCGAGGAGAUUCCUCAACCUGAACUGGUGCCUCAGCCAGAGGAGGUCAUUGAAGAAGAGGAAGUACAUGAAGAACGUGUUGAGAUGGUUAUAGAAUUCACAACACCAGAGGAAGUUGUGGAGGAAGUUACUGAGAAGCCUAAGAAGAAGAAGAAGAAGCCUAAGGAAGAGGUGCCAGUAGAGGAGGUUGUUCCGGUAGUGGAAACUCCUGUAGAGGAAAUUCCUGUAGAGGAGGUUUAUGAAGAGAGGGUUGAGAUGGUGAUAGAAGUUGAACAACCAGAAGAAACUCCCGAGGAGAUUCUUCAACCUGAACUGGUGCCUCAGCCAGAGGAGGUCAUUGAAGAAGAGGAAGUACAUGAAGAACGUGUUGAGAUGGUUAUAGAGUUCACAACACCAGAGGAAGUUGUGGAGGAAGUUAUUGAGAAACGUACGAAAAAGAAGAAAAAGAAGAAGCCAAAGGAUGAGGCACCAGUAGAGGAGGUUAUAACUGUAGAGGAAACUCUUGUAGAGGAAGUUCUUGAAGAGAAGGUUGAGAUGGUGAUAGAGGUUGAACAACCAGAAGAAUCUCCUGAGGAGAUUCCUCAACCUGAACUGGUGCCUCAGCCAGAGGAAGUCAUUGAAGUAGAGGAAGUACAUGAAGAACGUGUUGAAAUGGUUAUAGAAUUCACAAAAACAGAGGAAGUUGUGGAGGAAGUUACUGAGAAGCCUAAGAAGCCUAAGAAGAAGAAGAAGCCUAAGGAAGAGGUGCCAGUAGAGGAGGUUGUUACGGUAGAGGAAAUUCCUGUAGAAGAGGUUCUUGAAGAGACGGUUGAGAUGGUGAUAGAAGUUGAACAACCAGAAGAAACUCCUGAGGAGAUUCCUCAACCUGAACUGGUGCUUCAGCCAGAGGAAGUCAUUGAAGUAGAGGAAGUACAUGAAGAACGUGUUGAGAUGGUUAUAGAGUUCACAAAACCAGAGGAAGUUGUGGAGGAAGAAAUAGUCGUGGACACAACGAAGGUAGUGAAAAAGAAAAAGAAGAGGACCACGAAAGAAAUAGCCGAGAUAACACUUGAAGAACCAAAAGAGGAAGUGCCUGAAGAAGUGACAGUCAUAACAGAAGAGGAGGUCCCUGCAGAGGAAGAGGAUGUUCCAGUAACUAUUGAAACAUCAAUGGCAGAAAUUACUAUUACUAAAAAGGUUGAAGAAAUAGAACAUAAGAAAGCUGCAAUGAUGAUCACAGAAGUAACUGAAGAGGAAGUUACUGAGGAGGAAGUGGGCUUUCAGAGGCAGCCUAUUAUAGAGUUGCCGAGUGACAUCAGAGUGGUUCCAAUUCACAUGGAAACCUCAGUGACAUUCGAAGAGGUCCCUAGUGAUGAUAUACCUGAAGAAGUUACAGAAGUGCUAGAGGAAGAGGAAGUCAUUGAAGAAGUCCAACCAGAGGAAACCCCAGAGGAGGCUCCUAAACUAACACCAAUGCCUGAUGUUACCAAACCUGAGGGUGAAGAGGUUCGCUUCACAACUCACGUAACGGGCUACCCAACUCCAACUAUUAGAUGGUUUGUAGAAACCAUUGAGUUGCAGCCAUCAAAAGACUUUGUCAUCAAAUUUGAGGACAAUGUAGCUACACUUGUGAUCACUCACGUGUACCCAGUUGAUCAGGGAACCUACUACUGCACGGCCCAUAACACAGUUGGAGAAGACACUGUGUUCGCCAAACUUUUUGUGCCAAUUGAAGAAAUUACUGAAACGGUUGAAGAGUUAAUUGUAGAUGAAGUUACUCAUGAGAGAGUGAUAAGUGAGGAAGGCCUCGAACCUGUUACCAUUGAAAUCUCGGAGUUGAAGCCAAACGAAGAAGAAAUUGUGGUUGAGACCAAGGUGACGAAGAAAAGGAAGAAGAAGCCAAAGGUGGUAACAAAAGAAGAAGAUGAAUUGCAUGUGGAGGCAGUAGAACCUGUCGAGGAAGUUGAAGAGACAAUAGAGGAGUUUGUAACAACAGAAGUUGUGGAGUUCAAAACUGAGGAAGAGGGUCCUGAGGAAACCGAAACCCAUAUCACUGAGACAAUAAUUGAAAUGACACCAGAAGGACCUGAAGAAAUUCCUAUUGAGGAGAUUGAAGAGGCACCAGAAGAGGAGGCACCAAAAGAAGUAAUUUUAGAAGUAGUACAGGAGCAAAAGGAAGAGGUUUCAGAGGAAAUUGUGGUUGAGACCAAGGUGACGAAGAAAAGGAAGAAGAAGCCAAAGGUGGUAACAAAAGAAGAAGAUGAGUUGCAUGUGGAGGCAGUAGAACCUGUUGAGGAAGUUGAAGAGACAAUAGAGGAGUUUGUAACAACAGAAGUUGUGGAGUUCAAAACUGAGGAAGAAGUUCCUGAAGAAACCGAAAGCCAUAUCACUGAGACAAUAAUUGAAAUGACACCAGAAGGACCAGAAGAAGUAGAAAUCACAAAGGUGAUUAGCAAAAAGAAGAAAAAGAAGAAGCCCAAGAAACCAGAAGAUGAAGCACCAAAGUUAACGCCUAUGACUGACAUUACCAGGAAUGAAGCUGAUGUGGCUCGAUUUACUACGCAAGUUACUGGCUAUCCAAGACCCACUAUCAAAUGGUUUGUAGAAACCAUAGAGUUGCAGCCAUCCAAGGACUUUGUCAUUACGUACGAGGAAAAUACUGCUACCUUAGAGAUCAUUCACGUCUAUUCCGAUGACCAGGGAACCUAUUGGUGUAAAGCUGAAAACCCUGUUGGGGAGGAUACGGCAUCUGCAUCCUUGUUUGUGCCAAUUGAUGAUAUUGUCGAAGUUGAGGAAGAAGAGGACAAACUCCACCCUGAAGUUGUUGAAAAGAAGAAGAAAAAGAAAAAGCCAAAGAAACCUGAAGAAGUCCCGGUUGAGGAAGUCGAAGAGGCACCAGAGGAGGAGGCUCCUGAGGAGAUCACACUUGAGGUUGUUCAACUGGAAGAAGAGCAACCAGAAGAAGUAAUAGUUGAGUCGAAGGUCACUAAAAAGCGACGCAAAAAGAAGAAACCAAAAGAGCGCACUGAGGAGGAAUUGCAGCUUGAGGUGGUAGAGCCUGUCGAAGAAGAACAGGAAACAGUUGAAGAAGAGUUCAUUACACAAGAAGUCAUUGAACUCACCGCGGAGGAAGAGAUCACGGAAGACAUUGUUGUUGAAAUUGUUGAGGAAGUGACUCCAGAAGGGAUUGAAGAGGUUGAGAUCACCAGAGUUGUGAAAAAGAAAAGGAAGAAGCCUAAGAAACCCAAAGAAGUCCCAGUUGAGGAGGUGGAAGAGGUACCAGAAGAGGAGGCUCCUGAGGAGAUCACACUGGAGGUUGUUCAACUGGAAGAGGAGAAACUAGAAGAAGUGAUAGUUGAGUCGAAGGUUACUAAAAAGAGGCGUAAAAAGAAGAAGCCCAAAGAUCUCACUGAAGAAGAAAUACAACUAGAGAUGGUUCAACCUGUCGAAGAAGUGGAAGAGACUGUCGAAGAAGAGUUUGUCACUCAAGAGGUUAUUGAGCUCAAGCCGGAGGAAGAAAUCACCGAGGAAAUAGUCGUUGAAAUAGUUGAAGAAGAGACUCCAGAAGGAAUUGAAGAGGUUGAGAUCACGAGGGUUGUCAAGAAGAAGACCAAGAAGACAAAGAAGCCUAAGGUUGAAAUUCCUGUUGAGGAAGUUGUGGAAGUCCCAGUUGAAGAAGCUCCUGAGGAAGUCAUUCUUGAGAUUGUAGAAGAGGUUCCUGAGGAGGCAGUCGAAGUUAUUGAAAAGAAGAAGAAGAAGAAAAAGCCAAAGAAACCUGAAGAAGUCCCGGUUGAGGAGGUUGAAGAGGCACCAGAGGAGGAGGCUCCUGAGGAGAUCACACUUGAGGUUGUUCAACUGGAAGAGGAGAAACUAGAAGAAGUGAUAGUCGAAUCGAAAGUUACUAAAAAGAGGCGUAAAAAGAAGAAGCCCAAAGAUCUCACUGAAGAAGAAAUACAACUAGAGAUGGUUCAACUUGUGGAAGAAGUAGAAGAGACUGUCGAAGAAGAGUUCGUCACUCAAGAGAUUAUUGAGCUCAAGCCAGAGGAAGAAAUCACUGAGGAAAUAGUCAUUGAAAUAGUUGAAGAAGAGACUCCAGAAGGAAUUGAAGAGGUGGAGAUUACGAGGGUUGUCAAGAAGAAAGGCAAGAAGAAGAAGCCUAAAGUUGAAAUCCCUGUUGAGGAAUUUGUGGAAAUGCCAGUUGAAGAAGCUCCUGAAGAGGUCACUAUUGAUGUCGUGGAAGAGAUCACCGAAGAGGCAGUCGAAGAAAUCCCCGUCGAGGAGGUGGAAGAGGUUCCUGAAGAGGAGAUUCCUGAGGAGAUCACACUUGAGGUUGUUCAACUGGAAGAAGAGAUACCUGAAGUCACUGAAAAGAAGAAGAAAAAGAAAAAGCCAAAGAAACCUGAAGAAAUCCCCGUCGAGGAGGUGGAAGAGGUUCCUGAAGAGGAGAUUCCUGAGGAGAUCACACUUGAGAUUGUUCAACUGGAAGAAGAGAUACCUGAAGAAGUGAUAGUUGAGUCGAAGGUUACUAAAAGGAGACGUAAAAAGAAGAAGCCCAAAGAUCUCACCGAAGAAGAAAUACAACUAGAGAUCGUUCAACCUGUCGAAGAAGUGGAGGAGACUAUUGAAGAAGAGUUCGUCACUCAAGAGAUUAUUGAGCUCAAGCCAGAGGAAGAAAUCACUGAGGAAAUAGUUGUUGAAAUAGUUGAAGAAGAGACUCCAGAAGGAAUUGAAGAGGUGGAGAUCACGAGGGUUGUCAAGAAGAAAGGCAAGAAAAAGAAGAAGCCUAAAGUUGAAAUCCCUGUUGAGGAAGUUGUGGAAACGCUAGUUGAGGAAGCUCCUGAACAGGUCACUAUUGAUAUCGUGGAAGAGAUCACCGAAGAGGCAGUCGAAGUAACAGAAGAUGUGGUUGAAAUUACUGAGAAGAAAAAGAAGAAGAAAAAGAAGGAGAGAGCUCCUAAAGUGCCAGAAGAGGUUGUAUCUCCUGAGGCACCUGCUUUGACUCCUAUGCCUGAUUUGACACUCGUCGAAGGUGAAGUGGCUUGCUUCACAACAUUUGUUACUGGCUAUCCGAUUCCAACAAUCACCUGGGGUGUUGAACAUGUAGAACUCACAGACUCUCCCGACUUUGAAAUAACUUUUGAAGACAACGUGGCAGAACUGGUGAUCACCCACGUCUACACAGAUGACCAGGGCUCCUAUUGGUGUAGAGCAGAAAAUGAAUAUGGAGAAGACUCAGUUGCUGCCAUGCUAUUCGUGCCAAUGGAGCAAGAGGUAACUGUAGAAGAGGAGUUUCCUGAACAUGAGAUGCCAGCUAAAGAAGCUCCAGAGGAAAUUACACCAGAGGUCACAGAAGUUGUUCCUGAGGUAAUGGAAAAGAAGAAGCGGAAAAAGAAAGUCAAAAAACCUGAAGACGAGGUUCCUGAGGAUAUUUUGUUGGAAGAGGUACCUGAGGAUAUUUUGUUGGAAGAGGUACCUGAGGAGGAGGCACCCCAGGAAGUGAUCGUUGAGGUUAUAGAACAAGAAGCUAUUGAAAGAGUUGUUGACAAGAAAAAGAUCAAGAAGAAGAAGAAGCCUAAAGAAGAGAUUCUUCAGAAAAUGCCAGAGGAGAUGUUUGAGGCUCCGGAACUUACAAAGAUUCCUGUUAUCACAAUCAAAGAGGGUGGGGAAGCACACUUUAAGACAUACUUCACUGGCUAUCCAGAACCAGUCAUUACAUGGUAUGCAGAAAGCUUCGAAAUCAUGCCUUCAAAGGACUUUGAGAUCAUCUUUGAGGACGAUUACACAGAGCUAAUCAUCAACCAUGUGUACACUGAUGAUCAGGGCACUUACUAUUGCAAGGCUUUCAAUGAGGUUGGGGAAGCCACAGUAUCAGCAACACUUAUUGUGCCUAUUGAAGAUUACAUUGAUGAAUUGCCUGAAGAGUUGGCUCCAGAAGAGUUAACACUUAACCUGGAAGAACAGAAACUAGAAGAAGCAGAAAUCACACCUGUAGAAAAGAAGAAAAAGAAGAAGAAACCGAAGCCAGUAGAAGAAGUUGUAGAAGAACUUCCUCAACCCGAGGAAACCACUGAAGAGGUGGUUCUUGAGGUUAAACCAGUUGAAGAGGUACCAGAAGAGGUUCCUGAAGUGACUGAAGAAAUAACUGAAGAAAUCGUAAUAAUAACAGAAGAGGAAACAGUUCCUGAGGUCACUGAGGAAGUCACUGAGGAAAUCAUCUUUGAACAACCAGUAGAAGAGGAACAGGUUCCAGAAGAAAUAGAAAUCACACCUGUAGAAAAGAAGAAAAAGAAGAAGAAACCGAAGCCAGUAGAAGAAGUUGUAGAAGAACUUCCUCAACCUGAAGAAACCACUGAAGAGGUUGUUCUUGAAGUUAAACCAGUUGAAGAGGUUCCCGAAGUGACUGAAGAAAUAACUGAAGAAAUUGUAAUAGUAACAGAAGAGGAAGUAGUUACUGAGGUCACUGAGGAAGUAACUGAGGAAAUCAUCUUCGAACAACCAGUAGAAGAGGAACAGGUUCCAGAAGAAAUAGAAAUCACACCUGUAGAAAAGAAGAAAAAGAAGAAGAAACCGAAGCCAGUAGAAGAAGUUGUAGAAGAACUUCCUCAACCUGAGGAAACCACUGAAGAGGUGGUUCUUGAGGUUAAACCAGUUGAAGAGGUACCAGAAGAGGUUCCUGAAGUGACUGAAGAAAUAACUGAAGAAAUCGUAAUAAUAACAGAAGAGGAAACAGUUCGUGAGGUCACUGAGGAAGUCACUGAGGAAAUCAUCUUUGAACAACCAGUAGAAGAGGAACAGGUUCCAGAAGAAAUAGAAAUCACACGUGUAGAAAAGAAGAAAAAGAAGAAGAAACCGAAGCCAGUAGCAGAAGUUGUAGAAGAACUUCCUCAACCCGAGGAAACCACUGAAGAGGUUGUUCUUGAAGUUAAACCAGUUGAAGAGGUUCCCGAAGUGACUGAAGAGUUAACUGAAGAAAUUGUAAUAGUAACAGAAGAGGAAGUAGUUACUGAGGUCACUGAGGAAGUAACUGGGGAAAUCAUCUUCGAACACCCAGUAGAAGAGGAACAGGUUCCAGAAGAAAUAGAAAUCAAACCCGUAGAAAAGAAGAAAAAGAAGAAGAAACCGAAGCCAGUAGAAGAAGUUGUAGAAGAACUUCCUCAACCUGAGGAAACCACUGAAGAGGUGGUUAUUGAGGUUAAACCAGUCGAAGAGGUACCAGAAGAGGUUCUUGAAGUGACUGAAGAGAUAACUGAGGAUGUCUUAAUAGUAACAGAAGAAGAAGCCGUUGCUGAGGUUAUUGAGGAAGUAACUGAGGAAAUCAUCUUCGAACAGCCUGUCGAAGAGGAACAGGUUCCAGAAGAAGUAGAAAUUGCACACGUAGAAAAGAAGAAAAAGAAGAAGAAACCAAAGCCAGCUGAGGAAACCACUGAAGAGGUUGUUCUUAAGGUUAAACCAGUUGAAGAGGUUCCUGAAGUGACUGAAGAGAUAACUGAAGAAAUCGUAAUAGUUGCAGAAGAGGAAACUGUCCCUGAGGUUAUUGAGGAAGUGACUGAGGAAAUCAUCUUCGAACAACCGGUAGAAGAGGAACAGGUUCCUGAAGAAGAAAAGCCAAAGCAGACUGGUAUGUCACCAUAUUUCACCCAGUUCCCCAGGGAGGUUGAGGCAUACAAUGGUUAUCCAACUGUUAUUGAAUGGAAAUGCAAAGGUGUCCCUCAUCCAGAUGUCCAGUGGAUCAAGGGUAAACUGCUGAAGCUCAAGCCAACCGACAAAUACCAGAUCACAUAUGAUGAAGAAACUGACACACACUUCUUCACGAUCAAUGAUACAAGUGAAAAGGAUGCCGGCCAAUACCGAUGUGAAAUUGAAAAUGAUUUUGGCUUUGAUGAUAUCGUGAUGACUGUCACUGUUAAGGAGAAGCCAAAAGAGGAGGUCGACCAUAAAAAGAGACUAAAAACAACCGAGGUUAAGAAAACCAUAUUUGAUGAAGAAGAAUAUAACUGGAAGGACAUGUUGAAGAAAACUGUGCAUGAGGACCUUGAGGAUGUAGUGGAGGAGGACAUCAUUCGUCUUCGUGCUGUUAUCUCAACAGCCGAAACUGAGGGCGAACUGCAACCUCAUGAAGUUGAGGCCAUCUUCGAAAUUAAAAGAAAACUAGAACAGCUGCCUGCCCCUGAAAAGGAGGUAGAGGAAAAACCUGAAGAGGUGCCCGAGAAGGUACAAGUACUACCAGAAGAACCAGAAGAAGUUCUUCUAGAGGUUCAACCGGAGGAAAUGCCCAAAGAAGUUAUUGAAGAUGUUGAGGUGCAGCUAGAAAAGAAAAAGAAGAAGAAAAAGAAGCCCAAAAAGGUUGAAGAUGUGACUGAGGAGAUUACAAUGGAAGCACCAGAGGAAGAGCUUGAAGAAGAGGUGGUUGGUGAGGAGCUCGUCUUUACAACAGAGAAGGAAGAGGAAUCUCCCGUGGAGGAUGUUAUUGAAGAAAUUACACUUGCACCAGUACCUGUGGAAGAGAAGCCCAUUGAUGAGGUUACUGAGGAGGUUUUCGAAGCUAUAGUGUUGGCUUCUACACCAGGCGACGAAGAGGAGAUUAUUGAGGAGGUUGAUGCAGAAAUGGAGAUUAUUAAGCCUAAGGAGGAGAAGAAGAAGAAAAAGAAGAAGCCACAGAAGGAAGAACCGACAGAGGAAAUCACAAUCGAAGCUCCAACGGAGGUAAAGAUCGUUGACGAAGAAGAAGAAGAAUUUGUGAUGGAUGUUUCUGAGGUACCAGAAGAGGUGGUUGAUGAUUUCGUUCUCGAGGCUGUGGAAAUCCCUGAAGUACACGAAGAUGUAACAGAGGAUGUAGCUGAAGCUGUCCUCAUCCCCUCCCAGCCAUUGGUUGAAGAAGCACCUGUAGAAGUCGAGGAAGAGGUGAGUCAGGCUAUUAUGAUUACUACAAUGCCAGAGGAGGUAAAAGCACCUGAAGAGGAAAUAGGUGAAGGGUUUGUCAUUGAAGUCCAGCCAGAAGCUCCUGCUGAAGUUGGCCUUGAGAUUCCCACCGAAUCCACACUUGAGGAGGUUACGACUCUGGAAGUGCCAAAGCCUGAGAAGAAGAAGAAGAAAAAGAAGCCAAAGAAGGAGGAGGUAACAGAGGAUGUUACGAUAGAAGCUCCAGUUGAAGCAGAAGUGGUCGAGGAAGUAGAGCAAGACAUUGUGAUGGAGGUGUCUGAGGUUCCUGAAGAGGUGACAGAAGAAAUCUCAGAGCAAGUGGUUCUUCAGCCAAUGCCUGAGUUUGACAAAACAGAGGAAGAUGUUGAAGUAAUCAGUGAGUCAUUCUUGUUACCUUCAAAACCACAGGCUCUACCCACCUCACAUGAUGAAGAAGCUGAAGAAUACAUAGCUAUAACUCUGAAACCUGAGGAAGAAGAAGUGGCUACAGUAGAGGAAAUCACAGAGGAGGUUACCGUGGAGACCAGGAAACCCACUGUGGAAGAGGAAGUCGCCGAGGAGAUCACGGUUGAAGCUAUUACACCGGCUGAGGUUGGAUUAGAAGUACCAUAUGAUGGCGAGGUAAAGGAGGUCGACGUGCAAAUAGAAGCUAUUGCGCCCACAGAAGUGAGCCUUGACCUCGAACAGGAGCAGGAAAUCAAGCAAGUGGAGUUGGAAAUUCAACCAGUAUCACCUUCCGUGGCUACGCUUGAUAUUUCCACAGAAGAAACCAAGGAAGUGGAGAUGCAAGUUCAACCAGGCGUUCCUGUAGAGGUUUCCAUUGACAUGGCUACAGAAGAAACUAAGGAAGUUGAGAUGCAAGUUCAACCAGGCGUCCCUGUAGAGGUUUCUGUUGAUGUGACUACAGAAGAAACUAAGGAAGUUGAGAUGCAAGUUCAACCAGGCGUUCCUACAGAAGUUUCCGUUGAUGUUGCUACAGAGGAAACCAAGGAAGCAGAGAUGGUAAUUCAACCACAUGUCCCUGGUGAGGUCGGCUUAGAAAUCCCAGUAGAGACAACGGUGGAAGAAGUCACGAUGGAUGUACCAAAGCCAGAACCGACUGAAGAAUUGACUGUUGAUCUUCCAACUGAUAUUGAAGUUGUUGAAAUUGCCGAGGAGGAUGUUGUAAUGGAGGUUGCAGACGUUCCUGCAGUAUCACCUGAUACAGCUGAAGAAGAAGUCAUGCUAGAUAUUCGCUCAAAACCAACAGAAGAGGUUACGGAAGUAUCAGAAGAAAUGGCCAGCACAAUCGUUCUCCCAACCAAGCCAGAGGAAGUUUCCCAAGAACUCGCAGAUGCCACUGAAGCAGUUGAAGUCAUUGUUAAAACAAAAGAUGAAAUCCUGGAAGAAAUUGAGGAGGUGUCUGAGGAACUCGUUAUUACUCCAAAACCAAUAACCGUCGUUGAGGAAAUUGCUGAGGAGGUUACCCUUAAGCCAAUGACACAGGAAGAGGUGACAGUCGCCGAGGAGAUCACGGUUGAAGCUGUUACACCGGCUGAGGUUGGAUUAGAAGUACCACAUGAUGGGGAGGUAAAGGAGGUCGACGUGCAAAUAGAAGCUAUUGCGCCCAUAGAAGUGAGCCUUGACCUCGAACAGGAGCAGGAAAUCAAGCAAGUGGAGUUGGAAAUUCAACCAGUAUCACCUUCCGUGGCUGCGCUUGAUAUUCCCACAGAAGAAACCAAGGAAGUGGAGAUGGAAGUUCAGCCAGAAGUGCCUGCUGAGGUGUCCAUUGAUAUACCUACAGAGGAAAGCAGGGAAGUUGAGAUGCAAAUUCAACCAUCAGUACCGAUGGACGUUUUUCUUGAUUUAUCUACAGAAGAAUUCAAGGAGGUGGAGAUGGAAGUUAAGCCCCAAAUGCCUGAUGAGAUUUCCAUUGAUAUACCUACAGAGGAAAGCAGGGAAGUUGAGAUGCAAAUUCAACCAUCAGUACCGAUGGACGCUUCUAUUGAUUUAUAUACAGAAGAAUUCAAGGAGGUGGAGAUGGAAGUUAAGCCCCAAAUGUCUGAUGCGGUUUCCAUUGAUAUACCUACAGAGGAAAGUAGGGAAGUUGAGAUGCAAAUUCAACCAAGAGUACCGGUGGAAGUUUCUAUUGAUAUAACUACAGAAGAAUUCAAGGAGGUGGAGAUGGAAGUUCAGCCAGAAGUGCCUGCUGAGGUGUCCAUCGAUAUAACUACAGAGGAAAGUAAGGAAGUGGAGAUGCAAAUUCAACCAAUAAUACCGGUGGAAGUUUCUGUUGAUAUAACUACAGAAGAAUUCAAGGAGGUGGAGAUGGAGGUGAAGCCAGAAGUGCCUGUUGAGGUUUCCUUUGAUAUGAGUACAGAAGAAAGUAGGGAAGUGGAGAUGGUAGUUCAACCACAAUCCCCUGAUGUGGUAGGCAUAGAGAUGCCAUUGGAAACCAGUGGGGGUGCGAUCACAAUGAAUGUGCCUAGGCCAGAACUUACUGAUGCGUUUACUAUUGAGUCUCCAACUGAUAUUGGAGUUGUUGAAAUUGCUGAAGAAGAUGUGUCACUGGAACUGGCGGAUCAGACGGUUUUGCUCAAGACCAGCGGCGAGCACGAAGUUACAGAAAUCCCAGAAGAGGUUGCUGAGGAUGUCACUAUUGCAAGGCCUACUCAGGAAGAACUGGAAGAAUUCGAUGUGGAAGUUGUACCAGAGGUGCCGGAGGAGGUUCCCGAAGAGGUUACAGAAGAACUUGUACUGAGGAAGCCAGAAGAAGCCCCAGUAGAAGAGGUAGAGGAGGAAGUGACUCUCACAAGGAAGCCAGUUGAGGAGACAGUAAUCGAGGCUGUUCCAGAGGAGGUUGCCGAAGAGGUUCUCAUUGUAGCCCCCACACCAGAGGAAUCACCCAUAGAAGAGGUUGAGGAAGAGGUUACGUUCAAAUCGAAAAUAGAACAGACGCCCACUGAGGCGCCUCAAGAAGUUGCCUUUACCAAAGAAGAGGUUGCAGAAGAUAUCGUUGAAGAAGAUGUAACAGCUGAAUUCAAGCCCACAGUGGAGGAGGUACCUGAGGAGGUGGCUGCUGAGGUCACGUUGACCAAGGCGCCUGAGGCACCUAAACCUGUGGAGGUUGAACAGGAAGUUGAGGUUAAAAAACCAGAGAAGAAGAAAAAGAAGAAACCUAAGAAGGAAGAGGUUUCAGAAGAUAUUACUAUAUCUAAGAAAAAACCAGAAGUGCCCGAGGAAGUAGGCGAAGAGCUUACGUUGAAACCGAAAAAGCCAACAGAGGCUCCAGCCGAAGAAGUGACCAUUGGCCUCACACCUAAGCCGGUGAAAGAAGAUUUGGAAGAAGUCAGUGAGGAAAUAACGUUUAAACGCCAGGAACCUGUAGCCGAGGAUGUUCAAAUGGAAAUGACAGCUAUGCUGGCACCAGCUGUUAUCAGAGAUGAAGGAACGCCCGUGGAAGAGGUGCAGGAGGAGGUGAGUCUAGUGCAACCCACCAAAGUUGAAGAGGCACCAGAAGAGGUAUCCGAAGCAUUUGACAUCACGGCUCCCGCUAAGAAGAAGAAGAAACCGAAGAAGAUCGAGGAGGUCAGCGAAGAGGUCAGCAUGGUCGCUGGAGUCAUAGAAGAAACUGUGGCUGUUCCGAGGGAGAAGGUAAUAGAGGAGCUAGGGGAGGAGGCAGUUGCAUUAGAGAUCAUUGGCCCUGAAGAGGACGAACCUGUAGAAGCGGUCAGCACGCAGAUAUUGCGACAGAUUAUCACUGAAACGGGUGAUAUCGAGGAGAUCGCCGAACAGGUCACGUUAAAACGCAAACCCACAGAACCGGAAGAGGCCUGGUGGGAAGAUGUUGAGGAGGAUGUGCUUCUGGAAGAAUCAGAAGAGGAGGAGGAUGAAGAAGAAGUAGAACUCACACUCAAAGUGAAACCAGAGGUGGUGCGUCCACUUAACGACAGCCAUGUUACAGAAUUCGACACACUGACCUUACUCUGUGAGGUAUCUCAGGAAGAUGUUAAGGUGAAGUGGCUGAAGAAUGGCAAACGUAUCAAACAGACGGACAGAAUUCAGAUGGUGUCUGAAGGAACUGUCCAUAAAUUUGUCCUGAAGGAUGCUAGACCCUCUGAUACAGCUGAAUAUACGUGUGUGGUAGGCAAGAAGACAACAACGUCGAAUGUAGUUGUCGAUGAGGCCGAUGCUGAGUUUGUGGUCAAACUAAAGCCAAAAACUACAACAGAGGAUGAGGAUGCUGCAUUCACGUGCCAGCUUACAAAACCAGUGAAACCUGAAGACAUUGUCUGGAUGAAAGACGGUAAGCCUCUGCCAGUGGACGAAUCCCGCUAUAGCAUCACACAGGUGAAGAACACUUACAUACUGAAAGUGAAAAAGACAACUCUAGAGGAUGCUGGUACAUAUACAGUCAUGAUCAAGGGCAAGCCAAGCAGUGCUGACCUGACUGUCGAUGAAAAAGAAGCCGAGUUCACCGUACAUCCAAAGGAUCAGAAGGUCAAGGAAAAGCAGCCGGUCGUGUUUGAAGCGAGUGUAACCAAGAACAUCCCUGUCAAGUGGCUGAAGAACGGCCAACCGCUGCCAGAAGAUGCCAGAUACCAGAUUGUUGACGACGGUGUGGUUCACAAGCUGAUCAUCAAGGACGCACAACCAGAUGACAGUGCUGUUUAUACUUGCAUCUUGCCCAAUAAGAAAACGAGUGCUGAACUGACUGUAGAAGAAGUGGAAGCUGAGUUCACAGUUCCACUAAAGGACAAGACAGUGAAGGAGCACAAUGAUGUCACGCUCGAAGCCAACGUCACCAAGACUUUACCUGUGACAUGGCUGAAGAACGGAAAACCCAUUGAACCAGGUACUAAGUAUAUUAUCCGGGAAGACAACAAUAAAUUGACGCUGAUCAUUAAGGAUGCUGGACCAGAUGAUGAGGCUGUUUACACGGUUACGGUCGGCACGGUCAAGUCUUCAGCCGAAGUGGUUGUAGAAGAAAUUGAGGCAGACUUCACGAUCCAACUGAAGGACACCAACGUAGAAGAGGAAGAGCCUCUGACAUUGAUCAUUAAGCUGACUAGGAAGGUUGUCGAUGUAACGUGGCUCAAGGAUGGAGUGGAGAUCAUACGCGAUGAGCGUUAUGAGGUCAUCAUCGAAGAAACGACCUUCAAGCUGGUGAUUAAGGAAACUACUAUCAGGGAUACGGGUGUUUACACUGUUGUUGUGGGCAACAAGAAGUCUACAUGUCAAGUAAAUGUGAAAGAGUUUCCAGUCAAGUUCAUUAAGCCACUGGAAGAUAAAGAGGUUCCUGAGAAUGAGACUGUGACGUUUGAGACGGUACUCAACAAGGACAAGCCAGUUACGUGGUUUAAGAACACCAAAGAGAUCCAGCCUGAUCAGAACCAUGAGCCUAUCUCAGAAGGUCCAGUGAAGCGUCUCGUGCUGCAUAAUGUGAAACCAGAGGACACCUCGGAUAUCACUUGCAAGGUCACAGAUGAGAAGACGACAGCUAAACUCAUCGUCAAAGAACUUCCAGAGAAGUUUGUCAAGCCACUGACCGAUGUUGAGGUCACUGAAAAACAGACCGCCACGUUCAAGUGUACCGUAUCCAAGACGACCAUAAAGGUAACAUGGCUUAGAAAGAAGAAGCCCAUCAAGCCUGACGACCGGCACGAGAUUACUGAGAAGGGUCCGGAGCGUGUUUUGACAAUUAAAAAUGUCAAACUAGAUGAUCAGGGCACCUACACUUGCACUACCAAGCACGAUGAGACGACAUCUAAGCUGACUGUCAUCGAAUCUGCUCCUGAGUUCCUGAAACCUCUGAGUGACAAGACGGUGCAGGAGAACAAGACCGUCACCUUUGAGUGUACACUGUCCUCGCCAAAGAAACCGGUCAAGUGGUUCCGCUCCGACAAGGAGAUCACGCCGACAGAGCGAAUCAAGUUCGUCAGUGACGGUCCAGUCAGGAAGCUGGUCAUUAGCAGUGUGGAGAUGGAUGAUGAGAAGCCGUACACCUGCGUCUGUGAGCCAGCACGCACAACGGCUAACCUGUUUGUUGAAGAGGAGCCACUGACAUUCCUUAAUACACCCGAGGAUAUCACAGUGACAGACCUCCCUGAAACUACCACCUUUGAGUGUGAGUUGUCGAAAGAUGUUCCCAUUACAUGGGAGAAAGAUGGAAAACCCAUACACCCUGGUGACAAGUUCCAGUUCAUUGAUGAUGGUCCAAUUCAUCUACUGGACAUCAUGGAUAUUACAGGACCAGAUGAGGGCGAUUACACUGUCAUUGCCAAGGAUAAGAAGGCAACAGCUACCUUAUUUGUCAAAGUGCCACCAAAGUACACCAUUGAUGAUAGGUAUAAAACUACAUUAAUCAUCAACAAGAGCACAACGAUGACGUUGGUAGUGAGAUUCGUGGGCUGGCCACAUCCGAAACCCACCUGGACCUUCAAGAAGAAGCCCAUACCAGAGUCACGUAACCCGAAGGAGGAUAACACUGAUUCCACGACCACUCUUAGCAUUCCAAAUGUAGACAAGCCCGACUCUGGCCCGUACACACUGAAACUGGAGAAUCCACAUGGAAAAACGACCGUUACAAUCAAUGUGACGGUUGCUGAUGUUCCUGGACCUCCAACGAAGCCAGACGUGAGUGAUAUCACCAGGGCAACGGUUGUGUUAUCAUGGAAACCACCGAAGGACGAUGGUGGUAGCCCAGUCACUGGCUACACCGUUGAAAAGAAGCAACCAGACAAGCCUAAAUGGACAAAGGUAAACAAGGAGCCUGUAAAAGAGCCGACAUUGAAGGUGACAGACCUCAUACAAGAUCACGAAUAUGAGUUCCGUGUGAUAGCAGAAAACAAGGUUGGCCCAGGCAAGCCCAGUGAGCCCACAAAACCGGUUAAGGCAACAGAUCCUUACAAACCACCAGGGCCACCCGGCAAGCCUGAUUGUUUGGACAUCACCGACACCAGUGUCACGUUGACGUGGAAGCCACCGACUAAGGACGGAGGUGCUCCCAUCUCAAACUACAUCGUCGAGUAUCGCCUGGCUGACGUGUUCGGCUGGACGAGAGCCAACCCCGACGAACCUGUGGCGGAACUGACAUUCCCAGUGACAAACCUGACCGAGGGUCAGGAGUAUGUAUUCAGGGUCACAGCCGAGAAUGUCGCAGGGCCUGGUGAACCCUCACCUCCGAGUGAGCCCGUCAAACCGAAGAAACCAAUCGUUAAGGAAGCUCCCACCGUGGAAGACAUACCUGACAUUACAGUAUUAUCCGGCUCACCUGUGAAAUACACGUGUAGAGUCACAGGUGUACCAGAGCCGACAAUCAAGUGGUUCCGCUAUGAUGAGGAGGUGCUCGAAAGCAAGAAGUACACGACCACGUACGAGAACCAGACUUCCACUCUGACGAUUCUAGUCGCUUACCUGGAUGACACGGCCGAAUACACUUGCAUCGUCAGUAACGAUGAGGGUACAGUAAAGACAACGUCCAAGCUAACCGUCGAAGCUCCUCCAACGCUGGAGUAUGAUGACAAGCUUAGCAAUGCAAAGGUGAAGACUGGUUCAACGCUCAAGAUUCCUAUUAAGUAUAAGGGAUUGCCACGACCCGUGCUCAAGUGGACCAAGGAUGAUAAACCUUUGGAGCCAACUGAUAGGACUGACGUGGAAGUACAGGAAUACUUCACUAUCGUGACCCUCAAACAGACAAUACAGGAUGACUCGGCCACUUACAAGCUUGUGGCCACAAACAAACAUGGCAGUGAGACUGCCACGUUUAACAUCAAGAUCAUGGGGCCACCAGACAGACCGACAGGUCCAAUCAGGGUCACAGAUAUUCAGAGAACAACAAUCACCAUCGAAUGGAAGCCUCCAGUUCACAAUGGUGGAUCAAAGCUCACCUCCUACUACAUUGAGAUGCGUGAAGUCACUACCAAGACAUGGCGUGAGGUUGAGAGGAUAGCACAUACGAUCACCACUUACACGGUGCAGACCUUGACGGAGGAUACCGAGUACUUCUUCCGCGUGUUUGCUGAGAACAAGUAUGGACCGAGCGAACCGCUAGAAAUGGAUGAGCCAGCAAGGACACUGAAGAAACCGGAAGAGAAGCCAACGGCAACUAAGCCGAUGCCUCCACGGGACUUGCACGUGUCUGAGGUGUUCGAAACAUCAGCCACCAUCACCUGGCGGGAGCCUGAAUCAGACGGCGGUGCGCCAGUCACCACCUACAUCGUUGAGAAGCGUGUGUCAACUAAGAAGAAGUGGACGAAGGUCACAACUGUGGAACAUCUCACGAUGACCCACACUGUUACUAAGUUGAUAGAAAAUGAGGAAUACUACUUCCGUGUGUUCGCGCAGAAUGAAGUGGGUAAGAGUGAACCUGCUGAAACAGAGAGCCCGAUUACACCCAAGCGGAAGUAUGAAAAACCAGGUCCACCUGAGAAUCUACGGGUCGGUGACGUGACGCCGGAGAGCGCGAGACUGGAUUGGGAUCCGCCGCAGCACGACGGCGGCCUGCCGCUGACUUCGUACGUCAUCGAGUACAGGGACAUCUCAGAGGAAACGUGGACCAAGGUUGACCAGGUGCAGCCGACCGUGAGGACGUACACCGUCGAGAGGAUGCGAGCGCGGCGCGAGUACGCGUUCCGCGUGUUCGCAGAGAACCCAGAGGGUCUGAGCGGUCCGGCGAUGUCAGACAAUGUACAGACUCCGAAGGAGAAAGAGGCUGAGCCUUUCAUCUCCAGCUAUACGGUGCACACACUUCAGCACCGUGACGAGUACUUCUUUACCCUAACUUAUGCUGACGAUGACCUGCAGGAGGACUGAGGAACAUGUUGCGCGUCCCCGUUUGUAAUGUGACCCGAAAUUCUCAUUGUUCUUGCGAGAGAGAAAAAAUCGACUUGUCACCUUACUAAGUGUAAAUGUGUAUACCUGUGCCGUGUAAAGUAUUAUGUAACGUUGAGAAGGCACUCAUAAUUAGACUGAAACUUUGGCGUUCAUGAAACUGCAUCGAGACAUUGUUUAAUAUGGAACUCCCGACACUGUUUUGUAGAUUGUUAGUAGUUUUUUCUGUGGAAUACUUGUUAGUUUUCAGCUAAUGAAGUGUGCUGUAUUUUCAAAAACCACUUUGGGGUAACUCUACUCUAUGGAAUGUAAUAACUGCUGUCAAAAUUUUUGUAGAGAGCAUGAAAGUAUGUACUGAUAUUGCAGACCCUCCCUGACACAAUUAAAUCUUUUGCACUGUUGGGUAUGAAUUGGUUUAUAGGCGAUAAUCCGCUAUUUUUAUAUAGAGGCUGUAGACUGUACAGUAGAACAGUGCCGGAGAUUUAGCAGUACAUAUUCUUCACACUUACUUCGUUGUAUGUCUGGACAGCCAAGAAAGUGUGGAAAUCUUUCAUGCUCUAUUUAUGUGUUAAUUAAUUUAUUGUUAUUUAUUUAAUUUAAUCUUUGCCCGAGUUUUGACAACGCAGUUUACUGACCCUCAUGAAAUUCCAUUGGGUAGACUUAUUUAAAGUUUGUAACAACCGUCUAUUAAAAUUUUAUUAUAAAA